AUGCCGGCUUCCUACGGACCGCCCUUACGUGGACCCAAGAAGGAAAUAAGCAUUCUGGGUUCUGCUGCAAGACAUCUUGCUGGUAAUGCUGAGGAAAGGCUUUCUGCUACCAAAAGUAACAAGCUCCCUUUGUUUAAAACAACUCUUCCAACUGUUGGAGGUGCUUACGUGUCUGGAAAUCUUUCAGAUCACCAGAAAGGUGCUCAAGAGAUUAGCUUCGAAGCAGUGCUAAACAUCUUUCAGGACAGAGAGCACCAGAUUUUUCUUAUGGUGUUGGGUGCUGUGGUGCUUUGGGAGCUGUUGGCUACUUCUCUCGAAUGGACAGUGGACGAGAGACUCUAUGAAUUCCUCGACUUCGUGGAUGCAACUGACGGGUAUAGCAAGCUCUGGAUCUGGAGUUACUUGGGUUCCUCUGUAGGAGCCUGCAGCAUUGCUGUAGUCGUGGAUCAUCUGAAUUGCUUCCUCAGCAGCUCUGUCACCCGCCUAGCUGUCCAUUUCUAUGGCUAUGCUCUCCUGGUCACGCUCUCACUGCUUGUCACCAUCUUCUUCCCCAUCCAUCUUCCCAAGGAAAGCAACCACGUUAGCAGAACGGGCAAAGCGCUGGCGCUGCUGCGGGGCGAUGGCCGGGCGCUGCUGUGCGGUGCCACCGUGCUCCUCACCGGCGCGGCCGGCGCUGCCGUGCACAACUUUCUGGUCUGGCAGCCGGUGGACCGGGGGAGGCGGGCUGUUCUGUACAUGGGGCUCUCUGUGGCCGUUGGGCUACUUGCUGAAAUGUUGCUUUAUUUCUUCAAAGGGAAGUUGCUGAGGACUUUCUCAAGCAGCACAAUUGUCGCGAUCAGCCUCAGCCUCCUGGCAGCACAGCUUCUGUGCUACUCCUUCUUGUGGACUGCGUGGUCCGUUCUCCUCAUCCAGGUUUUAUCUGCCUUCAGUAACGGUGCUUUGUGGUGGGUGGUCAGCAUGACAGUGGAUGACAUAGCCACGCCGGGCACGGCGAGGUCUCUGCACGCUGUUCUCCAGGGCCUCUGCCAUGGUGGAGGAGAGAGCUUGGGCAGUUUUGCAGGAGGAUUUGUGGUGCAGCACUUCGGCCUGGCCGUUCUGUACAGGGCGUGCUGCGUGUGCCUGGUGCUGUGGCUCUUCCUGUUCUUAAUCGUCCAAUCUAAAUUGCCGCAGCAGAAGAAAAUUAAUUAUUCUCGUCUCCUGGCUGCUGGUUCCAGUGAAGGGAGUGACUCUGACGAGAACGAGAGGGACUGGCUGGUGAAAGCCAUGAAGGAUGAAAGCUUCGGUAGGAAUUGGUCACACAAGCAUGGGAUCAACUAA